UGUAAAUUGGUCAGCAAAUUUAAGAUCAAGUUGUGAAACAACUCCUGCCUUAAUUGUGCUGACACAUGCAUUUGCAAUAAUCGAUAAAUCUUUGAUUCCUGUUUAGCCAUGGUUAGAAAUCUAUUUUGUAUAAAUAUCAUUACCGUUACCUAGAGUGUUCAAAACAUUUGCCAUGACAUGCAAUUUCAUAUUGAUGUCCGUUUCAUCUUUUUUUCCUCAGAUAGCGGGUCUGAUUACUUCAGCAGGAUGUCAGCUUUCAACUGCUCUUUUGAUUUACUGGCUAAAAAGGGUGGUUGGCUAUGUCCUCCAGGGGAGAAGUGUGUCAAUCUGACCUCUGGCGUGAACGGGAGCCACGUUGAUCUGGUUGCUGCAUGUCUGACAGAAGAAGAGUACCUGGAGAACAAUCUGGGGCCUCGUCGAUCAUCUGUGUUCCUUCCCGUCUGCCUCAACUACCUGGUCAUCUUCCUGGUAGGUGUGGUGGGGAAUGUGCUGACAUGCACUGUCAUUGCACGCAACAAAGUGAUGUGGACACCAACAAACUAUUACUUGUUCAGCUUGGGGGUGUCAGACCUGCUGGUGCUGCUGCUUGGCAUGCCAUUAGAGCUGUAUGAGAUGUGGCAGAACUACCCCUUCAUCCUGGGGAAUGGCGGCUGCUACUUUAAAACGUUCAUAUUCGAGACUGUAUGUUUUGCGUCUAUCCUCAACGUGACAGCGCUGAGUGUCGAGCGUUACAUCGCUGUGGUGCACCCGCUACGCGCAAAGUACGUUGUGACGCGCACCCAUGCCAAGCGGGUCAUCCUGACGGUGUGGGGCGUGUCGGUGUUGUGUGCUUUGCCGAACACAAGUCUGCAUGGAAUCACCGUCCUUCACAGUAGUCCCACCGGUUCUUUCGGGAACAUCACCGUGGAGAUCCCAGACUCAGCAAUCUGUGGGCUGGUGAAACCACGCUGGAUGUACAACCUGACCAUCCAGGUGACCACCUUGCUAUUUUUCAUACUGCCCAUGCUCACUAUCAGCACUCUCUACAUGCUCAUUGGGUUGCAGCUGAAGCAGGAGAAGAUGCAUCAGUUGGAGGCGAAGAAGGGCUUUGGACAGGACAGCUUCUGUAACGUCCGAACACAUCAGCAGAAGGCCCGUCGCCGGCAGGUCACUAAAAUGUUAUUUGCUUUAGUGGUGGUUUUCGGGAUCUGCUGGGCCCCGUUUCACACUGACCGCCUCAUGUGGAGUUUCAUUAACGACUGGACUGAAAACCAAAUGAAAAUCUUCCAGUAUGUGCACAUCAUCUCCGGAGUUUUUUUCUACCUUAGCUCAGCAGCCAACCCAAUACUGUACAACCUCAUGUCCACGCGCUUUAGAGAAAUGUUCAAGGAGGUCAUGUGCCAUCGGCCUCAACUCAUCGGCCCCAGAAAGCACUCACUCAGUGUCACCCGGGGGACACUCCGCAGCACCCUGAGUGAUGUGCCACUCAGCAACGGCGCCGCUGUUGCUGAAGCAGAGGCAGAAGAUAGGGAAAUGAGGAUGAAAGAGGAAACCUGUUUUUCGUGUUAAAAACAACUCAGAGGGUCUUUGAAGGGGGAGAUAUUGUUUGCAGGGUGGUUCCAUUCUGAGCCGUCAACUGUCAACUGCCAUCAACAUCCACUGCAGGUGCAUCAGCUAACCUUAAAUAGUCUGCGUGGAAGAACUGCAGAAAAAAGCUGAGCUGUCAGUAUGCAGUGUAAUGUAAGUGCUGCUCUGCUACUUUUGGAAACUUUAUAAUUAAUUCAGCAAAUCACAUACUUUUGCAAACAUGCCUAGGCAGCUUAGAUUCAGCCCCAUGCCCUCGGCAAUGAUGCAGGAAUGUACACUUGAAUGCCAUCUUAAAUUUGCCAGCAGGGACGACAUCCAAUGUUCAAUGUCUGAGGCCAUUGUAAUGAAAACAGAUGGAAAUUUGAAAAUAUGUUUCACUGAUGACAAUACAGUUUACAAGAAUCCUGGCAUUUAUAAUUUGAAAAAAAAAAACAGGUGGACCAAUAGUUACAAAGGUUGGUCCAAGCCAGAAAGAGGAUGAAAAUGUAAAUAUACUUGUGAGAUAAAGACAGUAAGGAUAUGAAAAAACACAAUGGUGUAAAGUAACAAUGAACUGAAGUUUCUGGGUAAACUAGAGAGUAUGAAAAAACAAACGGGUAAAUAAAGAAUGAGGAUUAUAAAAGAAAGUUAAAAUGACCAUCAUGCUAAAGUGAAUGUUAUUUUAUUCCUCAUACUGCUACUGAUGAUGUAAGAGUUAAGCCAACCUGUAUGUGCAGUAAUUAUUUAUAUCAAAUCAUUUGUAAUAUAUAUUUCAAAGAAUACUUUCAUUGUUCUGUAUGUACUGUAUAUUAUAUUGCCGUGUUCAGAUAACACAAAUGCUUGUUCGCCCUGUUUACACCAGUGUUUGUGUGUUAAAGUAAUGUCUGCUGUCUUAACACUUUAUAUUGUUCCAAGUGUACUUUGUGCUACUUUGAAAAGAUUUUGAGUUGAAAUUAUUUGUAAUAUGAAGCAGCUUUGGGAUUUUUGUUUUCACUGCACAAAAAAUACAUGCGCUUGUUUUCAUUAGCUAAGAAUGUUUAGCAUUUGUCCAGAUUGCAAUGAUUUUUGUGUGAUUAAAAGUAUGACAAAUAUGACUUUCAAAUGCUUUUAAACAGUAUGUUGGACUAGGCUUUCAGGUACACUAGUAGUACUGUAGUGGCACAUUAUCUGACAGCUACUGUAUGUCUGCUAAACCAACCAUUAAAACGUUAUGCC